AAUGACCUUUUAAGAGUUAAUUAAUUUCUAUUACUUUUCCUGGAAAUCACCAUUUUAAACUGUCCUGAUAAUUCUAGAUUUUCCAUGACCGUGGGAACCCUUGUAAGUGCUCCUGAGUGAUAAUUCUGGGAGAUAUUCUCAAGCGGUACUAAAUUUUCCCUAAGAAGAUAAAAAGAGAACUGUAAAUAUGCUUAUGCCAAACACAGACCUUCAUCAUCCCAAUAGUCAGUCUGAAUGUAACACUUCUGCCUCUUAUGUCCAACACUCUGAAUUCAAUGCCACAACCCCCUCUGGAUCUUCUAACAUACCAAAACAAAGCGGAUUUAUGAAGGUCUGUUCCUUUGGAGAGCCCAGCCCAUGGCCAAUCCCUGGACUGGGAUCUGGGAUUCUGGAAAUGCGUGUGAAGGAGGGGAGCAAGAUCAGGAAUCUUUUGGGCUUUGCCAUAUCUCGUUUGCAAGGGGACGGACACCAGGAUGUGACAUCACAGGUUCUGUUUAGUGGGAUGGGACGGGCUGUCACCAAAACCAUCACCUGUGCAGAAAUAAUGAAACGUAAAGUGCGGGGCUUACACCAGGUAUCGAAGGUCCAAUAUAGGACAGUGACUGAGGUGUGGGAGAGCCAGGAGGGUGGCCCGGUUCAGAUGACGAUACACAGAACUCUUCCGUCCAUCUGUAUUCUUCUGUCCAAAGAACCGCUGGACCCUCAGGAACUGGGCUACCAGCCUCCUGCAGAGAUAGGCUCUCUUUCAGAGGAAAGGAAAGGAGAUGAUGGACCACAGCGGUCUGGAAACCAAGAAAAAAGACCACUGAGUCCUGGCCCCUGUGUGGUUCUGCCUAGUCUAAAAAGAGCUGCAAUAAGGCAGGACAAAUUUCCAGCUCUGGAAUAG